AUGCGAUUGAUGAUCUGCCUUUCCUUGCUACUAGCAUUUUUGGGCAACAGGGCCGUCGGCCAGUAUGCUGCGUCUUCCCCAAGCCAAUGCCUCACCUCGCACAUUUCGAAGGAUCAAAGCUGGAAGGCAUGCUGCGAUGGUUCGAGGACUGGUACGAUUGACUUGGGGGAUACCACAUUCGACUUCACCUGCAACUCCUUCCUGAGUCCCCAAGAAGAAUUCGCAGGGCUGGGCUUCUACAAUGCGUACGAAUGUGCCAACGCAUGUGCCGAGACCGAGAAAUGUGAAGCAGCAUUUUGGGAUUCGAAGAACAACAAAUGUUUUUAUGCACCCUUACACAGCCAGAAGAUCACUAUGGAUAAAUACUUCACGCUGGAAAAUAAAAGACCGAGAGCGAAUCGCCCGCCAAACGCGGCAACGGACUGUCAAUCUCAAGUCAAGCAAGCGACAGCCGACUGCCAGGCCACGGAGAGGGAACAAUGUGACAAGCGCAUUGCAGAUCAAGAACAGUUGCUGCGUGGAGAAUUGGACCACAAGUCGACAGAGAUGUGCAACAAGGAAAAAGAGCGAUUGAGGAAGCAGUUUAAAGAAGACCAAGCUUCCCAAGAAGAGAGAAAUCGCCGGGCCAUUCAGCAAUUAGAGGAUCAGAUAUCUCAACUCAAGAAUCAAAACAAGGAUCAGGAGCCUGGGAAGAAACCGGGUCCUGGCGGUACCCCAGGAGACGACGUUGAACCAACGCCGACAGGCUCUUCAGGCUCUCAGGGAUCUAGGGUUCCUUUAGAAAAGCAAUGGAAAUGCCCUGAGCAAGACGGCAAGGAAUAUACCGUCCUGGGAGUCACUUAUCGCGUGUUUUGCGACUCCCAGCCCAGUGGCCAGGCAAUGGCUGGCGGCAGGUUCAAUACGAAACAUCCGGAGUUCUUGAUGGCAAUGUGUUCUGUGGAUAGCAACUGUCAAGGCAUCAGAGCCAAGAGCAGCACUGCAGAGCUGGUGCGCGACUACGAGUACCCUCCAAAACAGAAGUCAAAGUACACUGGAUGGUGGAGCAUUGUUCCAGUCACUCAAAAAUCCGAAAAGAGUGCCAUUGUUCCUGAUAUUUUCAGCCAAUCCACCGCUACCGCUAGGGCUUCGAAUGAUGCCAGUUGCCCCUCAAUUGAUGGAAAAGGUCUUGUUGUUGGAGAAAAUGAGUUUCAUAUCAACUGCAGAGGUACAUAUUGGUCCCGCGGAGCUUAUCCAGCACCCAUCGCUGCGUCUUUCCGGCAGUGCCUGGUAAUGUGUACCAUCCUUGAGUGGUGUCAGGGUGUGAGGGAGUACACCAAAGAACCAAUUGUCCCCUUGGUAUUUGGCAAUGCUCACCGUGCCACGGAUCUCUAA